UACGUUUGGGCCCCAGGUUUAUGGCAGGGCCCCAGGUUUACGACUGGGGGAUUGGUGCAUUUGGGCCCCAGGUUUAUGUCUGGGCCUGGCUUACGACUGGGGGUGGUUUACUUCUGGGCCCCAGGUUUACGGCAGGGCCCCAGGUUUACGACUGGGGGGGUGGUCAUCUGGGCCCCAGGUUUAUAUCUGGGCCCGGCUUAUGACUGGGGGCGGUUUACGUCUGGGCCCCAGGUUUACGACUGGGGGGUUGGUGCAUUUGGGCCCCAGGUUUAUGUCUGGGCCUGGUUCAUGACUUGGUGGGUUCAUGUCUGGGCCUAGUUUACGACUGAGGGUGUUUACGUGUGGACCCCAGGUUUACGACAUCGGUGUUGUUAUGACUGGGCCGUUUAGUCUGCCCCCGGUUUCAUGACUGCUACCAGUGGCCACCUCUCUACCACCUGGGUCUGGUGGCCCCACUCUUACGCCCAGGAAGGUACCCAGUGGAGAAAGAGUCUUUCAGCGACCACCAGCUCUAGAGUGCAGGAGCCUGGUCUUCCUGGCUGAGAGGGCUCCCUGCAUCUGGUCACAGCUGUCCCUGAGGGCGAGGGAACCGGAAGCUGAAGUCAUAGAGGUCACAUGCUGACAGCAUGGAGCCAGAGGACGGAUUCAUCCCUGUAUCUCUGAGUCACCAAGUGGAGCACAGCUGCCCUGAACUUGUGUUUCGAGAGUGAGAGCUCAUAUCCUGACUGCCCACCUCCCACCUCCAUUUCUGAGCUGUGGGCAUCACUAAUGUGGACACUUCCUCACCUUUCUUUUCUACACUCUGACCCUGGGGAUUAAAGGAGGUCAUUGUCACAUCAUCAUUGGCCAGCCAAUCAGGUGGGCACCUCCCUCCAAGGACCUCCUUGUGCCAGAGGAGUUCUCAGCCUGCUUCCGUGGAAGGAGGGAGCCACGAAGGAGGCCUGGUGUAAGUCCAAAGAUGAUAAUUACAACAUGGAUUGUGUACAUUCUCGCCCGGAAAGGUGUCGGGUUCCCCUUCCCACCGAAAGUCAGUUCGGACGUGGAAGUUGUGGAGAGCGAGGCUGUGUCUGUAGUACAGCACUGGUUGAAAAAGACUGAAGAAGAGGCUUCCCAGGACAUAAAGGAGAAGAUGUCCACCAACUGCCCUCCCACGCAUGGCCAAGAUGUACAUGUGACCAGAGACGAGGUGAAGCACCACCUCUCAAAGUCUGGUUUGUUAACAAACCAGAGUCAGGAGGUCCUGGAGGAAAGAACAAGAAUCCAGUUCAUAAGAUGGAGCCAUACCCGUAUCUUCCAAGUGCCAAGCGAGGUGAGAAAUGAUGCCAUGCGAGAACGGAUAGAGCAGGUGAGACGAAGCAUAUGCCAUCUUACGAAUGAGGCAUCUCAGGAGCUUCACAAGAGCAAUUCCUACUCAGACUGCUGAGAGCAGCAGGUUGAUGCCCUUCAGGGUCAAGGAGCUGCCUGUGUCGGAAGGAUGUCCAACCCCCCUUGACCUGAGGAGCGACCACACCUGGGCAGAAAGAAUCCAGUGGGUGAGCCCUUCCUUGUGACAGUGGCAGCACUGGAGUCUUCUUGCUGAACUGCUGAUAAAGAGAUGCACUAUUUAACCACCAUCCCAGCCUCUGG